UCCCGAGACUAAUGCGUCUGAACUACCGAGGAGGAUGCACGUCCAAAAUCAGCGCACUUUGUAUUGAGAAACACACACAGACCUACGUCACCAGACUAUUUGCCAAAUCUAACCCCGUACUUUAGACCGCGGUGGAAAAACAGAAAGCAUUAGGUCUAGGGGGAAAAAUAGUUAAUAGGGAAAAAAGUUCUUGGUACAAAUGUUCUGGGUAAUUUCAGUGGAAAUGUGGCAUAAGUCUACCCUCGUCUAUCUUUUCUCGAAUUGACCGUAGACACGCCCACUGCUGUAAAGAAAAUGAGUAGCCAAGUUUUUUUUCUUUCUUUCUUUGAAAUAUAUUUUUUCCAGCAGGAGGAAUAUCAAGACCGCUAAAGAUACCAGACGAAGAGCUGAAGAGUUUGAGACGCGAAGUUACAGCUGCAGACAGAUGUUCUUUAGGAAUUUAAUAUCUCUUAAACCUGCAAAAAGCAUUAACUGUAUUUGACUUAGACAGCAGAUGUUUAUGGUUUCUAACAUGGAGCUGAAGUGGGCACUUCUUGUGGGUCUCUUUCUGCCAACAUGCAGUGGUUGUGGCGUUGGAUUUAAACGUGUUAAAAACACAUGUGUUGAUGUGGAUGAGUGUGGGAUUUUUCCGAGUGUGUGUGGUGAUAAUACUCAGUGUGUAAAUGCAUGGGGAAGUUACUCCUGCAUCUGUGAUGUAGGAUUCAAAGAGAUCUUCCCGUGUGAAGAUAAAAACAAGUGUCCCGAGGAUGAAUUUUCUGGAUCUGGUGAUAUGGCGUUUCAGACCUCGACUGGCUCUGAAGCAGAAUGUGAAGACAUCAACGAGUGUUUGGAUCCAAAUGUUUGUGGCAGAAAUGCAGACUGUUUCAAUCAUCCAGGCAGCUACAGCUGCAAAUGUCACCAGGGUUACAGUAAUUAUGGCAACAACCAGACUAAAUGCUUCGAAAUGGACUGUGAUCAGUUUAAACCUGAGUCUGAUGCAGACCACACACCAGAGAAGUUAAAGUAUUUGAUGUCACUGUUGAAGAACAGCUGUGAGUCUCUGAAUGAUCCACGCAGAGAACAUUCCACUGGAGAGAAAUUACUGGAGAAUGUGUGCAAUUCCACCAAUGAGCUGCUGUCUGAAGGAAACAUUGCUGAUAGUGAGACGCUGAAUCAGUUUCUGGACACGGUGGAGAACAGCAUGCGUCUGAUUGGACCUCAGCUGAAAGAGCCUGUGACCAGGAUGGAGACGCACAACACCUUUGCUGAGGUUGCAGUCAUGCAGGGUCAGACUCCGCCCAGUGGGCGUGUCACUCUGAGCACAGACUCCGCCCUCUUCAGCACCAGCUGGGAAGCUGUUGUAGGCAAAUCAUAUCCAGGUUUUGCGUUCGCGGCUCUGGUCAGUUAUAACGAUCUCAACUCAUUUAGUGAUCUGCUCCACAAGAUGAGCAAUGAGAGAUCAGAUGAUAAAGAGAGAAGUGUCACUUAUCAACUCAACUCUAAAGUGGUGACGGCCGUCGUCAGUAAUGCAGAAACCAAGCAUCUGUCAGAGUCGGUGACGCUCGUCUUUAGACACGUGGAGGAGAGGGCGGAGUCUGAGGGCGUGGCUUACUCCUGUGUGUACUGGGAUGAGGCUGAGGGGGCAUGGUCUGAGGAGGGCUGUGAGAGGUCGUGGUCUAACAGCACUCAUACAGUGUGUUACUGGUCUCAUUUCAGUAGUUUCGCUGUGCUCAUGGCUCUCUAUCCUGUCCAGGACGCAUUUGAUUUGGUGUUGAUCACGCGUGUGGGUUUAGUUCUGUCUCUGGUCUGUUUGUUUCUCUGUAUCCUGACAUUCCUGUUCUGCCGCUCCAUCCAAGGAACCCGAACCAGCAUUCAUCUCCAUCUGAGCAUCUGUCUCUUCAUCGCAGACCUCGUCUUCCUCUGUGGGAUCUCCAUGACUCACAAUCAGGUAGCGUGUGCAAUUGUGGCCGGUCUGCUUCAUUUCUUCUUCUUGUCUGCGUUCUGCUGGAUGCUGCUGGAGGGGGUUCAGCUCUACCGGAUGGUUGUGCUGGUGUUUCACACCACAUUAAAACACCUCUACAUGUAUUUGGUCGGAUACGGAGUCCCUCUCGUCAUCGUCACCAUCUCUGCCAUCGCCUUCCCAGCAGGAUAUAGGACCAGUAGACACUGUUGGCUCUCACUUGAUCGCUACUUCAUCUUGAGUUUUUUCGCACCCGUCUGCAUCAUUGUGAUCCUCAAUGGUUUUGUCUUCAUCAUCACUGUGUGGAAACUGGCUAAAAAGUUCUCCAGUCUCAAUCCAGACCUCUCCAAACUCAACCAGAUCAGGAGUUUCACGGUGACCGCUGUGGCUCAGUUGUGUGUUCUCGGAGGAACGUGGGUCUUUGGCUUCUUCCUCUUCAAGGAGGAAGGGACUGAAGUGAUGUUGUACCUCUUCAUCAUCCUCAACACUCUCCAGGGGGCGCUCAUCUUCCUCAUGCACUGCCUGCUGUCCAAACAGGUCAGGAUGGAGUAUUACAAUCUGUUUGUCCGAAUGUGUCCACACAAGAAGAAACCCAAACGCAGAACCAGUACCAGCCAGACCAACAGCAGUCAGAAACCUCUGCGGAGCGACGGAAGCACAGCAGAGUCACAGAUGUAAAGCACUUGUCAUGGGCUGAAAAGACACAUAGAGACUUUCUGUGUCAAAUGAAGUCUUUUCACAAGCUUUAAUUCAACAGUACACUUUCACAGACAUCAUCUGAUGAAUACUGCUGAUGCUUGUUCAACACACGGGAUAUGCAUCAUCUGUUACUGGAGACGGAGAUAUAUAAAGGAAAAAAUAUAUUAAAACAAGUUGAGUGAUUCUGACAGUGUUAAGGCCAGCAGAGAAGGAUGACCUCUGCAGACUGUUGUUUUAUAAUGAUAACUGUUGCAUUGUGUUGAGGGAGAGCAUCGUUUUAUUAUUUUUAUUAUACCAGUUAAUGAAGUCAUUCUUUAGAAGCGAUGUCAAAACAUCUUUAUAUUUUAGCUCAUGAGGAUUUCUAACAUGAGUUUUUUCUCUUGUUUCUGCCUCCAUUAUACAGAAAUGUAAUGACUGUUGCAACCAAAAGUGAUAUGUAUGUUUAUAUUUCAUUACAUUGGUAAAGAUUUCUUUUUAUAUGCAAUUUUCUACAUGCAAACUAAAAUUAAUUCAUUUUAAUGAGUGAAAGAGGAAUGAAUGGGCAUAUAAAUGAAUAAUUGUCAUGUUAUAUAUUAAUAUAACUAAAAACUUUUUAUCAUUCUAAAUUAAUUUGAAGAUUGAUAUUUAUACACUGUAUUUGCUCUCUCUGUAUAGUCUUAGCAUGUUGAUGAGGAAACAAGUGCAGAAAGUGCUGGAAAGUGGACAUGUUGAGGAGCUGACACAAGCAGAGGAAACAAGUGGUCAGCUUAUUAUUCUGUGUUGCGCCUCCCCCUUCAGAUCUGAGAGAGUAUUGCGAGAAUAUGAGCACAUGAAGAGAAAAUCAGCCCAAUAACAAUCAGGUAAAUCAGAAUCAGAAUGAGCAGAUGACUCAAAACUGGAUUCUAUUAUUAUGUAUAACUUGACACCUCUUUUUUUAUCUUUUGGAUAUGUUAUUGCACAUCAGCAAUAUAAUUGAAAAUAAAUAAAAAAGAAUUAUAUAUUUCUAUGGUGAAAUUUUAGUACAUUUUCUGAAUCGUUUAAAAAUAGUUUGAACUUGACAGUAACUAUAAGAACUUAGAUUUCUUAAACAUUUGAGGGCUGACUGUUUAAUGAAUAUGACGCAAUGAAGCAGAAGUUUUACAAGCUGUCACUUGUUUCAGAUGAGAAAAUAUUUUUACAGUGCUAAAUGUUUUUGAAUGAUACGGUUGAAUAAAGGAUCAUUACAAUGUCAAAUAUC